UGGAAGAAAGAUCAAACGUUCGUGGGCAUUCAAAAGCAACAAAUAAAAGCAAGUUACCAAAUAAUUUCACCGUCGAGCUCUGUGUGGUUGUAGGGCCCAUAUAUCAACGUGCGUUCAAUGGAACUAAGGACCUCGUCUCAUAUAUAGGGACGUUUUUAAAUGCGGUUACCCUUGUCUUCACAGACAUGACUGAUCCAGUGAUAAACUUCCAGCUUAAUGGCAUACUGACACCUCAGGAUCGAGAUAUCGCUGGCAGAACAAUUUGUGGGCUGACAGUCGACAUACUCAGCUCUGAGUGUAUCUGCGCAACCGACAUAUUAAGUGCCCGAGACGCUACCGUUAACCUGAUGAACUCAUGCCAGUUUACACAUUGUGACCUUACUUCGCAGCUACUCAGUGGCAACCUGGCAAUGGCAGUCAAUGACACACACAUUAAUACGCUCGUCAAUGGUGUGGCUAGUGUCGCAGAAGUUUGCUCAAACGACAGUGCAUAG